GCCUGGGGUGGGUCACUUGAGAAACAGGAUAUUUGCAUUUGCAUAUCAUUUCUCUUCCUUUCUUUUCUUCAGAGACAAAACACACACACACACGCACCCACAGAUAUGGAGAUUGAGAUGGAAAAGAAGCUAUCAAAAUUCAAGAGAAUCUGUGUGUUUUGUGGUAGUAGUCCAGGAAAAAAGAGUAGCUAUAAAGAUGCUGCUAUUGAACUUGGAAAAGAAAUGGUAGCAAGAAAUAUUGAUCUGGUUUAUGGAGGAGGGAGUGUUGGUUUGAUGGGGUUGAUUUCUCAAGCUGUUUAUAAUGGUGGUCGCCAUGUGAUAGGAGUUAUCCCCAAGACUCUCAUGCCUAGAGAGAUUACUGGAGAAACUGUAGGUGAAGUGAAGCCAGUUGCCGACAUGCACCAAAGAAAAGCAGAGAUGGCUAGACAUUCUGAUGCCUUCAUUGCCUUACCUGGUGGUUAUGGGACUCUUGAGGAGCUUCUUGAAGUCAUAACUUGGGCCCAACUUGGCAUCCAUGACAAACCGGUGGGAUUGCUGAAUGUGGAUGGUUACUACAACUCUUUAUUGUCAUUUAUUGAUAAAGCAGUAGAGGAAGGUUUCAUUAGUCCAAGUGCUCGCCAUAUCAUAGUGUCUGCUCCUACCCCAAAAGAGUUAGUCAAGAAAAUGGAGGAGUAUUUUCCGCGGCAUGAAAUAGUUGCCUCAAAGCUCAAUUGGGAGAUUGAACAAUUAGGAUACUCUAAAAAAUGUGAAAUCUCAAGAUGAAGAAGCCAAAUGAGGAUAGGGACUUUGGCAAUGAAUAUGGACUAAUUUUACAUGACCAAAAUGUUCUCAAAGUGGGUUUAUUUUUGCCCCAUGUUUUAUAUAUUUUUUUUUCCUUCUUUUUUUUUUUUUUAAUAUUGUAAACUAGACAAAAUUGAUUGAAAUUGGAAGCUAGACUAUUUUCUUCAAUGAGAAAUUUGGUGUUUGAUUGCA